GGUGCCACAUAAAUUAUUAUUGUCCUUUGACUUGUUUCCUCAAUUAUACCCAAAAUGAGAACCCAUUUUGAUUUUCACUUUCUUCCACUAUUUUUGUUCACCCUACUCCUUCUAUUGGGCCAAGCCAGACCCGACCCUGACCCACUUCAAGACUACUGCGUUGCAGAUAACAAAAACGAAUUUUUCAUCAACGGUGUUCCUUGCAUCAACCCAGAGCAAGUUUCCCCAUCCCAUUUUGUCACUUCUGCUUUGUCCAAAACUGGCAACACUAGUAACACAUUCGGCUUCAGCGUCACAGCCACUAACACUGUUAACCUUCCUGGGCUUAACACAUUGGGCCUGGUACUGGCCCGCGUUGACAUAGCGGCUAAUGGGAUCGUGCCACCUCACUCCCACCCACGGGCCUCGGAAGUAACCACUUGCCUUAAGGGCCUGCUUCUUGUGGGCUUCAUUGACACAAAUAACCGCGUCUUCACCCAGAACCUGAGGCCCGGUGAGUCAUUUGUGUUCCCAAAGGGCCUGAUCCAUUUCUUGUUCAACCGUGACACGAAAGAGCCCGCACUGGCCCUUUCUGGGCUCAAUAGCCAGAACCCAGGUUCGCAAAUUGCAUCACUUGCAACAUUUGCUAGCAAGCCCCCCAUUCCUGUGGAAAUUCUCAAGAGGGCUUUCCAAAUUAGCACCAGAGAAGUGGAUAUUAUUCGUGAAAAUCUUGGAGGGUGAUUAUUAUGGUGAUCCAAUUAUUGUUACAAAUAUUACUUAAUUUCUUAUUGCGUUUUGUUUGGGAUCCUAGGUGGAAACAUGGUGUUAGUUUGGCAUAUUUUAAAUGUCAGAUUGCGUUUUUAAAAAUUGAAAAGAAAGAGACAUGCAAACCGUCAUGUUACAAUACAUGUUUUAUAAUCAAAUUAAAAUCAGGUGGUUGAUCUGAGUCGUGUAUUGAAUAUUAUUGUGGAGUGAAGUACGUUUAUCCUUUUUUUCCCCUCUUUGAAUGGAUGGAUUGCUUUGCUAUUUUUAA